UACAAUUUUCUUCAGUAGAUAAACUAUGACUACGUGGCUUAAUACCAUUUGCUAGGAUUCCCUUACCUCCACAUCCAGAUAAUAUUUGUAUCAAACAAAACUCGAACUGUCAGAUGAAUGAACACCAAGAGACUAUUGUGUCUAUACACAAAAACAAUCCUCUUCUCCAUUGAAGGAGAGUCUAUCUCUUACUCUAUUCAUGGCUCCAACACUUACAUCCAAUUCAUUUCUUCUCACCACAACACCCCAUUCAAGGUUGAUUCUCAAGAACCCAACACUCAGAGUUUUUGCCAAAAGAGGUGGACCUCUCUCAUCAUUUCAACUUGGCAAACCAAAGGGUGAAAACUCUGAAGAAAAUGAAACUGGUGUUUCCGUGAAUUCAAGUCCUUUUAAUUUCAACUUUGGGAAGGUACCAGAUGUCAAGUCUUUGAUCCCAGUUGUGAGCAGCCCUGGAAGUGGGUUAUUGUUUGGUAACUCUAGAAGAAAAGACCCUGGCACUGUGUUUGUGGCUGGUGCAACUGGACUGGCUGGCAUUCGCAUUGCCCAAACUUUGUUACGUGAAGGUUUUAGUGUUAGGGCUGGUGUGCCUGACCUUGGUGCUGCUCAGGACUUGGCUCGUCUUGCUGCAAAGUACAAGAUCAUAUCAAAUGAAGAAUCAAAACGCCUCAAUGCUGUUGAAUCUGCCUUCCAAGAUGCAGAAUCAAUUGCCAAAGCAAUUGGAAACGCUAGCAAAGUUGUGGUGACGAUUGGUCCUGCUGAAAACGGUGCCACCACUGAGGUCUCUGCAUCAGAUGCCUUACAAGUAAUCGAAGCUGCUCAGUUGGCCGGAGUUGGCCAUGUGGCAAUCAUCUAUGAUUCAACAACAGGGACAUCAACUUACAAUGUUCUGGAUGGCAUUUCUUCAUUCUUGAACAAUCUCUUCUCACGAAAUCAGCCAUUGACCAUACCUGAGUUUUUGCAAAAAUUAAUUGAAACGGAUGUUAGCUAUACAUUCAUCAAGACUAGUUUGACUGAAGACUUUUCACCUGAGAGUUCAUAUAAUGUUGUUGUAUCAGCUGAAGGAAGCACUGCUGCAAACGACUACAAAGUAGCAAAGGCCCAGAUAGCAUCAGUGGUGGCAAAUGUUUUCUCUAACACAGCAGUGACAGAAAAUAAGGUGGUCAAAAUUUUUACAGAUCCAUCAGCCCCGGCAAGGUCUGUAGAUGAACUUUUCAGUGCCAUUCCUGAGGAUGGAAGAAGAGCAGCAUAUGCAGAAGCUUUAGCGAAAGCAAGAGCUGAGGAGGAGGCACAAGCAGCUGCAGAGAAAGCUCGUGAAGCAGCUGAGGCAGCAAAGAAGCUUGAAGAAGAGGUGAAAAAACUUUCUGAGCAAGAGGCUCGAGCAUCUAGUUUAGCUGAAGAUGCCCAAGAGAAGGCAGAGGCUGCAGGGGCCUCAGUGGAUAGCCUCUUCAGUAAAGCAAAAGAUAUUGGCUCAGGAUUUUCUUGGGAUAAAUUUAGUUCCCAGAUCACAACUGCCGUUCAAAAGUCCAGUCAGAUACCACAAGUGCAGAUUGCUACUGUAAGGGGACAGGCGAAAGCCAGGACGCUGCCGCCCAAGAAAGCUGUUGUCAAACAAUUUAAACCAAAGCCUCCUGUUUUGAAGCCGAAGCAGGAACCAAAGCCUCAAGGGAAGCAGACUGAGUCUAAGCCCGAAGUGAGGAAGGUGUUCGGCGGGUUGUUUAAGCAGGAAACAAUAUACGUUGACGAUGACUGAGGCAAUCCAUUGCAAUAUAUAUUUGGUCACUGAAUUUAAUUUUUUGCAAAUACUGUUUAAUAUUUUUAAUACCGUUGCCCAUGAAUGGUUUUAUGAGUGUAAUAAGCACGAAACCUGGACUGGCUUAAGGCCAGGACUCCUUUUUCUAAGUGAACGAUAUAAUUCUAAGCUUAAUAUGGUUUUCUUUCAUUUACA